AUGUGAUCUACUGCUCGCCAGCUCUUAGAUGCAUUCAGACGGCGUAUGCCGUUAAACAAGUAACCAAAUGUAAAGCCCCAAUAAGAGUAGAACCCGGAUUAUUCGAAAGCUUCAACAAUUAUCCGAUGGGCCUGCCGGAAUUUGCAACUCCGCAACAACGAGCUCAGUUUAAUGUUGAUGAGAAUUACACGCCUCAUACUAAACUUGAAGAUUUGACGUGCUGCAAAAAUGAGACAAACGAUGAUUACAAUACCCGCGUUCGCCACUCACUGAUUCGCAUCUCUAAAAUCCACGAAAUUAGUUCUUCGAAAAAGGAUCAGCUUAUAC